CUUCUGACCUUAGGUCAACAUUGUAUCCUCUGAAGACUUUUAGUACAGGUAACAUGUCUACCAUGGCAAGCAGCAAUCACUCAGCAGUGUCUGAGUUCAUCCUUGUGGGGCUCACAGAAGACUUAGAGCUUCAGGUUUGCCUGUUUGGAGUGUUUUUAGUCAUCUACUUAAUCAGCGUUGUGGGUAAUAUUGGACUAAUUGGGUUAAUUCAAGUGAGCCCUCAGCUUCAUACUCCCAUGUACUUUUUCCUCACCCAUCUGGCUUUUAUUGAUUUUUCCUUUACCUCUUCUGUCACCCCAAACACUCUGUUCAAUUUUCUACGUGAACGUAAAAGCAUAACCUUCUAUGCAUGUGCCACUCAAUUGUGUUGUUUCAUCACAUUUGUUGUUUGUGAACUCUACUUGCUGUCAAUCAUGGCCUAUGAUCGGUAUGUGGCCAUCUGGAACCCUCUCCUCUAUGCAGUCCUUAUGCCUAGGAAGCUCUGCCUUCAGAUGAUCUCCAGCACAUAUGUGUAUGGAUUCUCUGUGGGACUGGCACAGGCAGUAGCGACCUUCCACUUGUCUUUCUGUGGUUCCAAUGUGGUCAACCACUUCUACUGUGAUGAUGUUCCCUUAAUUGCUCUGGCCUGUUCUGACACUCAUGUCAAAGAGCUGAUGUUGCUAAUCAUUGCUGGCUUCAACACCCUUUGCUCCCUGGUGAUUGUGGUCAUUUCUUAUGUCCUCAUCAUCUUUGCCAUCCUGAGGAUUCACUCUGCUGAAGGAAGAAGGAAAGCUUUUUCUACCUGUGCAUCCCACCUGACUUCAAUAACCAUAUUUUAUGGUACAGUUAUUUUUAUGUACCUGCAGCCCAAAUCCAGCCAUUCUUUAAACACAGAUAAAUUCGCUUCUGUGUUUUAUGUGGUAGUGAUUCCCAUGUUAAACCCACUGAUCUACAGCAUGAGAAAUAAGGAGGUAAAAAAUGCCCUGAAAAGAAUUACUAAUAAAUUUCCUUUGGCCAUCCAUUGA